CAAGUGGCCAUACAUUCUAUUUAUCACCAAAGGAUAGAAAAAAAUACCUACAUUAUUCCCCUGCUCGACUUCAUGGCUGACAAUCCCAUCAUCUCGUCAGCGGCCUCUCUCCUAGUUCCUUGGGAGACUUGCAAAACAGUAACGUGCCACUGCCGUAACUGUGACAGUCUGUUAGCUAUCGCCCCGAACUCAUGGGCUAGCUGCGACCCUUACCUAUUCACGCCUGGUUCAAUUUGCAUGUUUGAUGAUAACAUUUUCUCGAAACCCAAUUGUGAACCGCACCCAUCCGAGGAAGCACAGCUUCAGUCGAUUAUUUGCAAUCAUUGUCUGCAAACAGUUGGACAAGGCGUGCAGAAGGACGUGUUCAAAAAUGGAUUUCCUCUGUUCAACGUCUUUUGGACCUCGCAUGCAACUUGCCUGCGGGAUAUCACUACUCGGGGUCUAGUCCCUCCCCGCGUGGAUGCCGUGAUGCGAGAGUCGUCUCUGAAACCCCCUGGCCCCAAUAAAUAUGAGUCAAGCUGUCAUCAAAAACAAACAGACGGCCAAUCCGACAGGAAAGACAAUCAGGGACAUAACUUUGAUAUGUCCUCUACCAAAACUACGUCGAAUGGAAUGCAUGUCACUAUCAAUGAAUUAAGGCAUCAAAUCAGCACUCUACAGGAUGAGGUUCAGUAUUUGAAAACUGUAACCCCAUCCAUAAACCAAAUACAACAAGAACCCCAUGAUGGUUAUGAACUAAUCGCCACCGCUUUGAGGGAGGUCAGAGCGAAAGGGAUUGAAAUAGAACUUCUUAAACAAGAAAACCAUUCUCUAGAGCUCAAAUGCAAGCAGUUAAAAAGCAUGGCAUUAACCCGGGUUGAGCGAUCGUCUACCAUUAAUGAUCGCUCAUUUGCCGUGGCUCCGAGCAGGCCCAGCCAGCCCCUAACCAUGAACCCAAGCGGUCCCCCUUUGGGCUUGAACUGCAAUGGGAAACGGUUAGGGUUAGAAGAAUUCCCUUUAGCAAAAAAAGAUAGGAAUUCACAAUCACUUGAUGCUGAGAGCAACCAGCAGAAUUCAGCAGCACGCAAUUUGUCAGAGAAUGCAGUCUCUCUGCCUCCUUAUGGCUCACAAUCGACCCCCGUCGUUUCCAAAGCAUCACAUCGCGAAGCCUCAAAUUCUGACACCGACGAACUUGCUGAACCAUGGCAAGGCCUAAAAUAUCGAAAAUUAUCGAGUAACGUGAAUUGUGGGGAGAAGAUGAUCCCUUGCAGUGCAAAGCCUUUCCACUCAAGCCCAAACCAACGUCAAGCACAUGAGCUAAACCAAACUUCCCAAAAUGACCCUGCUAAACCAAGAAAGAAAAAUGCUCUCGCGAAGGCAUCCCGUGGACGGCCGAAAACUAAGUCCCUACCCGCAAAAGCAUCUAUGACCACUAAAAUUCCCUUGAAAGAGUCGGCUCCUAACACCGUGAACCCAACAAACUCGCAGGGCACUGCCAAUUCCAUCAGUCCCCAGAAUAGAAGUGAGCACCAACCCGGGGACAAACUACAAGCCAUGCGCAGACCAAGAAGAGCCAGUGCGCGACUCUCAAGGAGAUCCUCCCUUGUCUCUCCGGAUCAUGAAAAUACUGAACACACCGCUAGCACCAAGCCGAAUCGGUCGCAUUCGGUGCAGGACUCGAUACAACAGAAACAACACGAAGAAAAUCCGCCCCUUCCAGCCCCAGACACCGGUAACUCAGAGCAAACUAUUCCAAACUCUCAAAGCGAUAGUGAUAACGCACCACUUGACCAGGAGGAUUCUCGCGCUACUGUUAAUGAACAGGAAGAAUCUGCACAAACCGCUGCAAAAUCCAGAAGCCCUCGCGACUCUGCUCAUGACAAACGUAAAUCGCAAAUCGCAGCUCGUGACGCUCUUGCAAAACUGACCAUGCAACGAGAAGAAGCGCUGGAAAUGGCCGCCCAUUGA